AUGCUUGGCAAGCAGCUCAACUACAUCGACGUUGUUUACGAACGCAAGAUCGAGUAUCCUUCCGUUCACGUUCGAGGUGUGCUGGAAGAGGUCUACGGUGCGGGUCUUUCGCGGGAACCACACCAUCAACCAGAGCUGCGGCAAUACACACGAGCUGGGAACAGCUUUUAUGGUGGUGGGGGAGGUGCAAAAGCGUGUGAUCGGAUGGUGGUCAGCGACAGAAUGUGCAGGUUGAGGAUCAAGGGCAGGUUCUUCAAUAUCAGCAUAACUAACGUGCAUAGUCCCCAUCUCGGAAGUAGCGAUGACGACAGGGACGAAUUCUAUGCGCAACUGGAAGGUGAAUACAAUCGCUGCCCAAGACAUGAUGUCAAAAUCGUCAUCGGCGACCUUAAUGUUCAGGUUGGCCAAGAGCCAGCAGACGAACGAGAACGACGACAUUUCUGGGACAUUCUCGACGUAAGGACCUAUCAAGGUGCUAACGUCGACUCGGACCACUAUCUGAUGAUGCUUAAACUGCGUCCAAAACUAUCCGUAGUGAACAGUUUAAGAUACCGGCGCCUGCCGCUGUAUAACCUGGACCGACUGAGGGAAACCAACGUCGCGACAACGUACGCGCAGCAUCUUGAAGCAGCGCUGCCACCGGAGGAGGAGCUCAUCGAUGCUCCCGUUGAGGACUGCUGGACCAGGAUUAAAGCAGCCAUAAGCAGUACUGCGGAGAGCUUCCUAGGAUACGUACAGAGGAGUCGACGGAACGAUUGGUUCGAUGACGAGUGCCAAGAAAUAUUGGACUAG